AUGAACAGCCUUAUCCGAGACGCCCCACUGGGGCAAGUGAUCCGAUGGGUGACUAAGAAGAAGUACCUCAAAUACCCCGAAGAAGAGCCUGAUUUUGUCUUUCCCCCUGAAUACCUGCAGGGCCUCGCACGACUUGUUACGGAUCAAGACCCGGAGAAACUUCAGGAUAAGCCCCUACCAGACGACAAGAGCGAUGCAGACACCCUAUCUCCAGAUUUUGUGGUGGUUGAUUGGUACGGACCCACCGAUCCAGCCAACCCCCAGAACUGGGCUCAGACCAAGAAAGCAUUUGUGGGGUUCAUUAUCUUUCUCUAUACCUUUAUCGUAUAUGCCGGAUCUGCAAUCUAUGUAUCGUCGGAGGAAGGGGUAUCCCAAGAGUUUGGAGUCUCCACCACUGCUUCUGCUCUAGGCUUGUCCCUGUAUGUCUUAGGGUACGGCGUGGGGCCUCUCUUCUUCUCGCCUCUGUCUGAAGUACCAUCCAUUGGUCGAUCACCCGUAUAUUGUAUCACGAUGUUUCUGUUUGUGAUUAUCUCCAUCCCGCUUCCCCUAGUCGACAACUUCGGGGGACUUCUCGUGCUUCGUUUUCUGCAGGGCUUCUUCGGCAGCCCCUGUCUGGCCACCGGCGGUGCCACGAUGCAAGACAUAUACUCCCUACUCUACCUUCCGUUCGCGCUCAGUGCGUGGGUGACAGCUGCAUACUGCGGACCCGCUCUGGGUCCUCUGAUCUCCGGCUUUGCUGUCUCAGCCAUGGGAUGGCGAUGGUCGCUGUGGGAGAUCCUGUGGGGAGCCGGCCCCGUCUUCGGCCUCAUGUUCCUGCUCCUGCCCGAGACAUCGACCCCAACGCUCCUCCACCAGCGCGCGCGGCGUCUGCGCAAACUGAUUGGAUCCGAUCACCUCAAAGCGCAGUCUGAAGUCAUUCAGGCCCAGUUGCAGCCCACAGCCCUCCUCGUCGACGCUAUCAUCAAGCCCAUCGAGAUCACAUUCAAAGACCCCGCCAUCCUUUUCGUGCAAGUCUACACGGCAAUCGUGUACGGAAUCUACUACUCUUUCUUCGAAGUCUUCCCGCUCGUGUAUCCACCCCUCUACAACUUCACCCUCGGAACCAUCGGCCUCGUCUUCCUCUGCGUGCUAAUCGCCUGCCUAGUCGCCGUAGCCAUCUACUUCGCCUACCUCCUCUUCUCGCUGAUUCCGCAGCUCAAACGCGGCGUGCCAAAGACCCAGGAGAGCCGGCUGGUGCCCGCGCUGAUCGGCUGCUUCGGUCCGCCUGUGGGUUUGUUCCUGUUCGGCUGGACCGCCAACCGCGACAUCCACUGGGUCGUGCCCACGCUCGGCAUCACCAUCUACGCCAGCUCUGCCUUCAUCGUGCUGCAGUGCGUGUUCGUGUAUGUGCCCAUGUCGUACCCGUCUUACGCCGCGUCGCUAUUUGCGGCAAAUGACUUCUUUCGUUCUGCCAUGGCGUGCGGCUCCAUUCUGUAUGCGAGACCGAUGUUCUUGAAUCUGGGUGUUGGGAAGGGUGUCAGUCUGCUGGGCGGGUUGAGUACCUUGGGUGUGAUUGGGAUUUUUAUUCUGUAUCUGUUUGGGGCGAGGUUGAGGGCGAAGUCUAAGUUUGCGAUUUCGUGA